AACAAAUGUCAAUCGUCAAUUGCCGUGAAUGGACGACUCGGAUUGGCACAACACGCCGCAUAAACCCGCAUGAAAACUCUGUCCCGGUUCGGAUAGGAUUCUCCAAAAAUUCUUUUUAUUGCUUCGAGGCAUCUCUUCCCCCACCGCACAAAUUCAACCCAAUUAAAAUAAAAAAAAUGCUCCCUCCUUUCAUCUCCAUUAAAAUUUUCAACAAUGAAACUUCGAUCCCUCUUCUUCCGCGUUUCCUGAUCCUUUUGCCCCGCCUCCCGCCCUAUAAAAUCCAAAACCCUAAUCUCUACGCAUCCACACAAUCUCUCUCUCUCUCUCUCUCUCUCUCUCUCUCCACCACAUAAAACGCCUUCCUCUAUCUUCCAUUUCGCCCAGUACCCCUGACCAUAUAUCUUCUCCCUAAAUGCUUUGACUCCAACACCCAGAUCAAUCAAAACCCUUUUAUCUCAAUUCUUUAAUUUUUUUAUUUUUUAUUUUUCCCUAAUUCAUUUCCGUUCAAUCAAUUUUUUCCUCCAACAUGGCAAUUGCCUACCCGCAUUUCGUCGCCUCCGACAAACCCCCGGUGGUCAACCCACCCCGGAUCUCACCCCUACCCUCCCCGCAUCCCCCGCCGCCGCCGCAGGUGAUCCUAACCCAAGACGAGCUAAAAAAGAUCGCCGCCUACAAGGCCGUCGAGUCCGUCGAGUCCGGGAUGGUCCUGGGCCUCGGAACCGGCUCCACCGCCAAACACGCCGUGACCCGAAUCGGCGACCUCCUCCGCCAAGGCAAGCUCACCAACAUCACGGGCAUCCCCACCUCCCGGAUGACCCAUGAAUUGGCUUUAUCGGUUGGAAUUCCGUUAUCCGACCUCGAUUCGCACCCCGUCGUCGACCUAGCGAUCGACGGCGCCGACGAGGUGGACCCUCACAUGAACCUCGUCAAGGGCCGCGGCGGGUCCUUGCUCAGGGAAAAAAUGAUCGAGGGCGCGUGCAAGAAGUUCAUCGUGAUCGUCGAUGAGUCCAAGUUGGUUGACCGCAUAGGGGGUAGCGGGCUGGCUAUGCCGGUCGAGGUCGUGCCGUUUUGUUGGAAGUUUACGGCGGAGAGGCUCCGGUUAUUGUUCGAGGAGGCGGGUUGCGUGGCGAGGCUUAGGAGGGAUGGGGAGGGUGGGGAGCCGUCUGUGACGGAUAACAAGAAUUAUAUUGUGGAUUUGUAUUUCGAGAGAGAUAUUGGGGAUUUGAUGGUUGCGAGCGAUAGGAUUUUGAGGCUGCCGGGGGUCGUCGAGCACGGGAUGUUUCUAGGCAUGGCGACCACUCUCAUUGUUGCUGGUGAACUAGGUGUUAAGGUCAAGAACAAGUAGAAAGUUCUAAGAGGUACUUUUUAUUGAUCAAGGCCAAAUCCGGUACCUAACUUAUUGAGUAGUUGUAGGCUUGUUAUCUGAAUUGUGCUUUUAUGUAGUUGGAAAGACGAAAGCUCAAAGCUUUAUUGCUUUAUGAUCUAGGCCGAAUUCGGUACCUAACUUAUUAGUAGUUGUAGGCUUGCUAUCUGAAUUAUUAUGCUUUUAUGUAGUUGGAAAGUCGAAAGCUGGAUGCUUUAUUGAUUUAGGACAAUGUAAGAGGGAUGAAUUCCCGAUGUUCUAGUAUGAACGGAUACGGUUAUUGGAGAAUUUCAUCUCUAGUUUUGUUCUUGUCUUGAGACUAUAUCUAGUGAAUAUGAAAUUUUGGAA